AUGAACUCUCGUAACCUACCUUCUUCAUCAUUCAGGCCUACCAAUAGCCUUCAAGUGGAAGAAUUAAAAUCACAUCCAGCAAGUGACUCGUAUCUUGGAUCGAUUUCUGAGAGAGAGUCUGAACAUACUGAUUAUAGCCAUAAAAAGCCUAAAUAAAAGCUUCUUUCGCUCAUUAUUCUGAUUUAUGAGCAAGAAUAAGAAUAAAAUAACCCCAAAAACAUUAACAAAUGAUGAAAUAACAGAUCAGAAUGAUAGUGCCUUGGUGUCAAAGUCAACAAGAAAAAGGAAACAAAAAUCUCUAGUUCAAAGAGAUUUCUACAAAAACACAAACAACAAGAAAUAGAACAGCAUUUACCAAAAUCAAUUAUAAAGCAAGAUCUGGAACGCAUCUUGAGUCAUCACUAGCCCUUUUAGGCAAAUAAAUCUGCUAAUAAAAAAGGCAAAAAGACUAUUGUGCUAAACCUUGAUGAGACUCUAGUUCAUUCAAAAUUUGGGAGAUAUGAAGAUGCUGAUAAGUUCUUCUGUUUUAAAAGUGACACUUCCUAUUAUGCAAUUAGCAUGUAUAUGAGGCCUCAUUUAGAUCAGUUUUUAACCUUUCUAUACGAGAAUUUUGAAGUUGUUUUCUACACUUCUGCGAUAGAAAAGUAUGCAAACGAGGUGUUUGAUCAAAUUGACCCUGAAAGGAAAGCAGAAAGCAGACUUUACCGAGAUUCCUGAAUGUUUAGAGAUGGAAUAUAUAUAAAAACUUUGAAAAGGCUCAGAAGACACCCUUCAACAGUCAUAGUUUUAGAGAAUAAUCCAGUGUCUGUUUGCUUGAAUCCAAAUAAUGUUUUCCCAAUUAAAUCAUGGUUUGGUUCGAAGAAAGAUAAGGAAUUGUUAGAUAUAAUCCCCAUAUUGAAAUCUCUAGCUGCUGUCAAAGAUGUACGAGGAGUAAUUAAAAGGAUCUUUGAAAGCACAGGCAUCACUCACUCAGAAUCGAAUCAACAUGUAAAUGAUCUGUACCAAAAUCCCAAAAAUAUUAAAGAAGAUGAUCAGCUAAAUUACAAAGCUGUCAUUGGGAAUUACUACCCUCCAAUGGAAGAGUAUGAUCCGAUUAAAAUUAGCAAAAAUUUGGCAAAAACAGAAAUGAUUUCGUCAUCUGGGACAGCUGUCAAAUAUCCUGAUGAAGAAGUUAACUAUAUUUUAUUCUGACAUGCUUUAAAUAAUCCAGAGGAAGCUUUGAACACUGAAGAAGUACAAGACGAAGAAGAGAAUAUCAACCAUGGGCCUAGGAAAGUCAUUUUAUAUAAUCCAAUCGAAGAGGAAGAAUUUGAGGAGAGUAGUAUGAACGUCAAAGAGAAUUCCAGCAGUCAUAACAAGAUCACUAUUACUGAAUCAAACCCAAGCUUCGCAGUUAAAAUGCUUAAGAAUUUCCAAGAUCCAAGCUCGUUGACUAUUUCUGAGAAUCAGAGUAAAUCAGAUGCAUCGAUGGGUAUUCCUCAGCCUACUAAGCUUAGUGAGCAUUUGAAGGCAUUUUUUUGAUUUGAUAAAUAAAUCCACUACUCUCUUCAA